AACUAAAACUUGAUGAUCAACAUCAGUCAUCUGCAGAACCUCAGCAGUCAACCCUUCGGAUGUCUGCUACAUCUCAGCAUUCUCCAACCUCUACAGACUCAUCAACGUCUUCAGAUUCAGAGGAUUCUGAGGCCUCGCUCAAAAAGAAGAAGCAAAAGAAAAAGAAAUUGAGGAAAUCAAAGACUGAUUAUUUCAGCCGAGUGAGAACACCAGAAGAUUCUAUCAAACGGUAUGAUACCGUUUUGGAGCUGGUGAAAAAAGGUCUAACGAAGUCGGAGGCGUACUGCAAGACACGCGUGGACAGAAAUACAAUUGUUAACCAGGCCCCUAUAGCAGAGUUGGCAGUGGUUAAUCCUGAAAUGUUCCGUGCCCUGAGGGUUAAUUUCAAAAAAGGUAGCAACUUGCAAAAGUUUGCUAAGCUUUGUGAAGACCAAUGUUUACUUAAAAUCAACCAAACCAGGAUAUGUGCACUGAAAGAGAAAGGGGAUCUGCUUGACAUUAAAAGGAAGUAAGGGCACUGGAGGAUUCUUAGAUUUUGAUCUGAAAUUAGUACGAAUGUACAAAUACACAGAAGAACAGUUUUUGUUUGUCUAAAGAAAGAGCUGGUUUAUUAAGAAGAACCUACUAAAGUAAUUAUAUGUUUAUUAUUAUUUUGAAAUGAAGCCAUAAAUGUUCAAUGCCUUUGUUAUAAGUACGGCACCCCUGGUAACUGACAGAUAUCCCUGUUAAAAAUCCAGCUCAAGACCAGCUGGUCAUCCAAAAAAAAAAUACCCUAUGCUGGUCAAGAGCUAGUUAAUGAGCUAGCCUACCA